ACACAAACAUAUAAGAGAGAGGAAAAAAAACUAAGUGAUGAAUCUUAGGGCUUUCUCACUCCUUUUCCUACUCGUGGGUUUUUGUGGGUUUAAGUGCAAGGCAGAAGACCUACAAUGCGAAGAGACACAGCCUUUCACAUGUAACGACACUGGCACUUUGAACAAAAGCUUGUUCGCCGAUGACUUCCUCUUCGGUGUCGCCUCUUCUGCUUACCAGAUCGAGGGUGCGGAGGGUAGAGGUCUCAACGUUUGGGAUGGAUUCACUCAUCGUUAUCCAUGGAAAGGAGGACCAGACAACGCCAACGGUGACACGGCUACUGGAUCAUACCCAGACUUCAGUAGAGAUAUUCAAGUGAUGAAAAAAUUGGGGGUUAAUGCCUACAGAUUCUCCUUUGCGUGGUCAAGAAUCAUUCCCAGAGGAAGGGCAAGUCGAGGAAUCAAUGAAGAAGGCGUUCAAUACUACGAUAACCUUAUAAACGCACUUGUAGCAGCAGGAAUAAGGCCAUUGGUGACUCUCUUCCACUGGGACCUUCCUCAAACACUACAGGAUGAGUACGAAGGUUUCAUGGACCGUCAGAUCAUAGAAGACUUCAAAGACUACGCGGAAGUAUGCUUCCAGAGAUUUGGAGAUAGAGUGAAGAAUUGGAUAACGAUCAACCAGAUAUAUACAAUCCCUACGAGGGGCUAUGCCAUGGGGACAGAUGCGCCAGGCCGCUGCUCAGCCUGGCUCAACCUGGGUUGUUACGCCGGCGAUUCUGGUACGGAGCCCUACAUCACUGCUCACUACGCACUUCUUGCUCACGCCACCGUCGUCGAUCUUUACCGCCAGAAAUACAAGCCGUCCCAAGGUGGACAUAUCGGAAUCGUGAUGAUAACCAGAUGGUUCCUCCCAUACGACAACACUAAGGAAAAUAUAGAUGCGGCCGAGAGAGCAAAAGUGUUCUUCAUCGAUUGGUUCAUGGAGCCUCUAACGUACGGAGAAUACCCAUUGAUGAUGCGGCAAAUGGUCGGAGAGCGCUUGCCCAAUUUCACGACCGAAGAGUCGCUGCUUGUGAAGGGAUCGUAUGAUUUUCUUGGAGUGAAUUAUUACAUGACUCAAUUUGCUAGGGCCAUUCCCCCAAAUCCUCCGGACAGACUCUAUGUCUUCAACGAUUCACUCGCCGCACUCUCAUUUGAAAAUGAAGACGGACCCAUCGGCCCAUGGUUCUUUGGGACAGAUUAUUAUCAUCCAAGAGGCAUUCUUCAUGUUCUUGAAUACUUGAGAGAGAAAUACAAAAACCCUAUCAUGUAUAUAACAGAGAACGGAUAUAGAAGCGACGGGACUUGCUCGUUCGAGGAAGCUAUGAACGAUUACAACAGGACAGAUUAUAUAUGCAGCCAUCUAUGCUUCAUCCGACAAGCCAUCAUCAACAAAUGCAACGUGAAAGGGUACGUCACCUGGUCCUUGGGCGACAAUUACGAAUUCAACGCUGGAUUCAGCGUCCGCUUUGGAUUGAGUUAUGUCGAUUUCACCAAUCUGACGGCGGAAAGACCCUUGAAAUCAUCUGGGCAAUGGUUCCAAAAAUUCUUGAGCACGACUAACAAGGAAGAAGUCCUUCCUCCUCUGAUUCAAGAACGUGGCUCUCACAACAAUGGUCGCCGAAAGAUUGCUCCAGCAUGAAGUGAUGUAAUCACAAAAAUAUAAUGUGUUGAUCAUCUCCCUAAUAAUGUGGUCAAUUAGCUAGGUCUCCUAUACAAAAGGUGGCUCUUCUAGUAUGAUCACAAAAAUAAUGACAAUAAAAGGAUGAUCAUCCCUUAUGUUGUUGUAAUGUUUUGUGAACCUUAUCUUAUUGUAACAAUGUUUCUUCUCUCUAUGAUUACAUACGGAACAUUUUGUUUGA